AUGUUACUUUUUCAUGUCUUCAGUUUUCAUGCUGUCUGAUUAGCCUACUGUGUCAACAGUAAAGGAGCGCAUAUUGCCUAUGGGAGUUAUUUCAAAGUCAACAAAAGUCUUACUUCAGCAGAGCAAACGCUUGUUCAUAUCGAGUAGUCUCCCCUUUUCGAGCUCUCGAUCAAACAUGGCAUGCCACCCCAUCACGGAGCUGUCUGCAAGACAGAUCCUCGAUGAUGUUGACAAUUUUGUCUUCGAUUGUGACGGUGUUCUAUGGGAUGGACUGACAGCUAUUGAAGGCAGUCCUGAAACAUUAAAACGUCUAAAGAAACUGGGUAAAAAAGUGUACUAUAUUACCAACAACAGCACUAAUACCAGAAAAAGAUAUAUGGAAAAAUGUGAAAAACUGUUGGGCUUUCCAGUUACAGAGGAUGAAGUGCUGUGUACAGCGUAUGCUGCAGCCCUGUACCUUCACAACAGGAAACACCAGGGUAAGGUGUAUGUGGUUGGUAACAAGGCCAUGGGGGAAGAACUGGACGAGUUUGGUAUCAACCACACAGGCAUUGGACCAGAUGUUGUAGGAAACAAGUCCUUACUAACAGACUUUGCAAGUACAGAACUUGAUCCAGAGGUAAAUUGUGUAUUGGUUGGCUUUGACCCUGACCUCAGCCUAAACAAGAUGGUGAAGGGAGCAUCAUAUGCCAGGAAAGAACGAUCGCUGUUCCUAGCAACAAACGAGGAUUCUCACCUUCCCCUCAGGAGUAAUGUCACCAUCCCAGGUACUGGAAGCAUUGUAGCAGCAGUAAAAGUACCUGCCCGUCGAGAACCCAUUGUUAUAGGCAAGCCAAACCCCACUAUAUUCAAUGUCCUGAAAGAGGCCCAUGGUCUUGACCCCAGCAGAACCUUGAUGGUGGGAGACAGGUGUAACACUGAUAUAGCUUUGGCUAAGAACUGUGGACUCCACUCCCUGCUGGUCUUGUCUGGUGUCAUGAGUCAGGAAGACGUAGAUAAGGACAAAGUAUCUACAGACCCACAGAUCACUCAGAAUCUUCCGGACCAUGUCGCAAAAUGUCUCUGGGAGUUCGGAAAACACAUCCCAGAUUCUCUUUGAUGAUUGUAGAUCCUUAGGAAUCUGUUUAUUUAUUGGUAAUUUUUAGGAAGUAAAAACUGUGAAAAUAUAAUAAAAAAAAGGAGUCUGAUAUUACAUGUGCUGCAAGUUAAUAUUGUGUGGAUAGUUUUUCAUAUCAUAGUAUGAAAUCCAAUCUAACUUUCUAACAAUGAAAAAUGUUAAGGUUUAUGAUUUGUAGAAAUGAAUUGAACGUGCAACACAUAGAUCUAUACUUAUUUUGCAAAUAUGAGGUAUUUACUAAAUCUAUUCAUCCAAUCAAAAAGGCAUUUUCUGAAUACUUACUGUUGAUUAAAAUCUAUUUAUCAUUGUAACAACUCUCCUACAGUAAUGAGGAAGACCCGGUGUUAGUAGUAGAUGUUUAACUUUUGUUACACCUAUUGAUAACUGGAUUGUGAUCUUUGCGUCCACAGUUUAUGUAAAUGUUCAUAAAAGAUGUACAUGUACAGUGUUUUGUCUCACCUGAGACAAAAGUCACCAAAGCAAGACUAUGGUGUUACCUUUCUGGUGUUGACAUGGUUGUUGUCAAUAUUUCACUUUGAAGUUUUGCAUUAAGAUACUUUGAUCAUAAGGGACCGAGUGGUUAAGGUGUCCAAAACACUUUAUCACGAGCCCUAUAGGCCUCCACCUCACGGUUGUGAGUUCGAAACCCACAUGGGGCAGUUGCCUGGUACUGACCAUAGGCUGGUGGUUUUUCUACAGGUACUCAGGCUUUCCUCCACCUCCAAAACCUGGCACGUCCUUAAAUGACCUUGGCUGUUAAUAGGAUGUUAACCAAAAUAAACCAAUUAAACUUUAAUCAUAAAGCAUGAAUUCAGCUUUAAUUAAACAUAUAUACUCUGUACUUAGAUCACAAAGUAGACAUCUCAGCACACCUUCUUAUAUGGAAUUUCAUCCAGAAUUUGUAACGCGACUCUGUUAACUAGGGAUACUGGGAAUCUGGACUUAUGUUUUAGCUCAUUCUGUUUAAAGUAUCAAUGUUAUUCUAACCAAACCUGGACUGUUGUUUUAGGUUAAAGACUAUAGGUUUGGAGAAAUCAUAUAAAAUCUUUAUUGCUGACCAAAUUUGCUUUUUAAGAUGUAUUUUCUCCUCAUUUUUCAUAAAGAAUGAUUUUUGGGGUAAAAAUAUAUCAAUAAUUUUGCGAAUUGCGAAAUGAUUUUGCUAAAUUUGAUAUUUGUUUUGCAAUGCGUCAAUAUUUACACUUUUCUAUUAAAUAUACAGAGUGCUUCCAUACUAUCAUAUUUAGAUACAUGUGCAUUGUUGUAUGUAGUAGGACACAGUUUUACCAUGACCAUAACUGUUGAUGUGACAUUAAAAAAUACAAAACAAAACGUCAUUCUAAUUGUCUGUCAUUAUACACUGACAGCAUAUACAUGGAAAUGGUCAGAAUAAAAGGCAAAAAGUGUGGAAAAGCCACAGACUGAACUCAAUGCAAAAGGUGUUGAGGUUAAUACAUGUAAUAGAGCACAUGAUUAAUUAAAUUUAAAUCACUGCCUCUGCUAGGGAUUGAACCGAGAACCUCUGGCUUACUAGUCUUUAUAUGCUUAACCGAUUGAGCUAAAGAGAAGAUCUCACUUGCCGAGCCGUAUAUUGCGGCUUGGUAUUUACCAGGGUUACAUACAUUCAAGAAGUUUAAAGAAAUUGUAGCUUAUAUAACAAGUACAAAAUCAACCGGUGAAUAGAUAUUUAACACUAGGACAGUAGUCAAACUCACACAAUGAUGAUCAAUAUUAACUUGUAUAGAUUAAAACAGAUGAAAAAUUAAACUACAUGUAUUGUUGAUGUAAAUUUUAUAUCGUGAUUUAUACACAUUUGUAAUAUGAUUUUGUGAAUUAAAAGUUAAAAUGAUA